CGUCGAAAUAUCGAGCAGAUCCUCGAGUGGGGGAAGGGGAAUAGAGCGGCGCGCAAAAUAAGCGCUUGCGCAUUUUCCUGCUCAGGGACUUCUCGAUCGCCGUAUUUCUCAUCAAGACCAGGUCGCCGCGCUGAAAAUCGUAGUCGCGGAUCGUGUGCGCGUGCUCUUGCUCAAAACGGAUCGCUGCUUGCACGCGGGCCUCGAGGACGGCGGAAUGGAGGAACGCCAUUUGUUCCCGGCGCUUCUGCAGGGCGAUAGCACGGUGUGAGAUGAGUUCCGUGGACGAAAGGACGGAUGCGGGGGCCGGGAGGAGGUAGGUUGCUUCUGAGAUGUCUAGUGGCAGCAACGGGUGCGCGCCGGUGACGGCAAAGAACGGUGAGCAUCCCAUACGUCGACGCACAGUCACUCGAUCUGCCCAGAAGACUGAGUGGGCUGUCGAGUGCCAUUUGGAUUGGAUUCCGUCCGCGGCUUUGAAGAGGGACUCCCGGACGUCGAAAUGUGGGCGCUCCGCCAGAUUUGCCUGGGAAUUGUAACCGGAGAUUCGGAUGUGCCGCACGUUGUACUGUCUCUCCAGCGACACAAGAUGUCCUGGAAGAUCCACGUUGCGAUCGCCGCAGCGUUUUCCUGACGAAGCAUGCGCCAUUCGGGGUAGUGGGUCAACGAACAACGCCCUUGGACGACGUACUUGAAGCCUCCGCUGGUGGGUAAGUGCAUUGUAUCCAUGUACAUUUUCGCAAAGAUUGGUGCCGGGGUUGCGACUACAGGCGGUGCGGACGUACCACACCACGUCACUAGAGAGAUGUGGCCACCAGAACCGCUCGAAGAUUAGUGCACGCGUUGCAAAGAAGCCUUUGUGGCCUGUGUCAUCGUGCGCAGAUCGCAUAAUGAAGAUUCGACGUGCAGGGGGCACGACCAGUUUGUGUCGUCCAUCGCACAAAUGUCUUGUAUUCGGCGUCGGACAUGUCACGCGGACGUUGCAAGUUUCCGUGCCAGGCUUGGACCAAGUCGACUCGGUGAUCCGCAAGUAGAUCCGCCGG